AUGGUCGCCAGGCUAGGCAACCUCAGUGCCCUCAAAGACUUUAUAUCCUUCCUUGCCACGGUCAGCGGGGAUAUCUCUCACAUUACCGCUCCACCCUUCAUCCUCGCACCAUCUUCUCUCACAGAGUUCCCUGCGUACUGGGCAGAACGACCAACGUUGUUUACCGCUUCAGCCCAUGAACCUUUAGCGGAAAGACGCAUGCUCUUGGUUUUGAAACUGUACCUGGCUUCCCUGCAACAGUAUUAUGUCGGCCGCACCGUCAAGGAAGGAUUAAAGAAGCCUCUCAAUCCUUUCCUCGGCGAAUUGUUCUUCUGCGAAUUCAGUGACCACGACUUGACCCAAGAGAAGGCCCCGACAUCGACGGUCAGGGUGAUCAGCGAACAGGUAUCGCAUCACCCGCCCACCACAGCAGCAUAUAUUUCAGCCGACGGCCACGGCGUCCACGCCCAGGCAUAUUCAACUCAGCACACCACCCUAUCCGGAACAUCGGUCAUGAUCCGUCAAUCUGGCCACGGCGUCUUGAAAAUUGAUAAAUAUAACGAGACCUAUCUUCUGCCUCUGCCUGAUGUCUGUGCGCGAAGUGUUCUCACCGGCGUGCCCUGGCCCGAACUCAACGACACCUAUAGCAUCAUCAGCUCUAGUGGAUACACAGCCGAGAUGCGAUUCAUUGGAAAGAAGAUGUGGGGUGGCCAGCGAAACUGCUUUGAAGCUUCCAUAUACCGUACGGUCGAUUCUCAGAAGAAGGCCAUCUUUACGGCAUCCGGAAGCUGGAGUUCCAAAUUUUCGAUAUUCAAUUCGGAAGGGAAGGAGAUUGACGUAUUUGACCUGGCAGAUCCUCAAAACCAACCUGCGCCCAUGGCAGUCAAGCCGGUGGAGGAGCAAUCGCCUUGGGAAUCGAGACGGGCAUGGGGUUCAACUUUCGAAGCCAUAAAACGCACGGAUCAUAAUGCAGUUGUGACGGAGAAGUCGAGGCUGGAGAAUGCCCAGCGCCAGCUGAGGAAGCUCGAGCAGAAGGAGCGAAAGAAAUGGGAAACCAUGUUCUUCACCCGCUGUGGUAGCGCUCCCGACGAGGAAGAAGUGGUCCAGAGUCUCUUCGACCAACUUGACGAUGACGAGGCUGAUCGGUUACGAGGAGCAAACGGUUGUUGGAGAUUUGACAAGGAGAAGGAGCAGAGGUGGCGAAAUGGUCAAGGCGGUUGGAGGCCAGAGACCCCAUUUGGCUGA